GAUGACGUGAGACGAAUUUCGUGUGAUUUCUCGUGCGAGUCAGCAAGGAAAUUGUAACUGUGAUAAGUGAGAGGGGUGUGCGCCCCCGGUUACUUGGAUACAGUUGUGGUUAUCACAUUUGACAAUAGACCUUAAUCGGUGCUGCAUGGUUUUGAAAAUAACAAUUUAUCGAUAUGGGUGAGUUGUGUCAUGAAUUAAAGUAUACGUGUGCGUUUUUCUGGUUGCCUACAGAGCUGGGUACAAACACUGAGGGUUGCUAAGUUAUUUUCGUAAUUUGUUGGGAAGUCGAGAAAUGCGGAUAUUAAUUUUAGGGUUGGACGGUGCCGGUAAAACUACGAUUUUGUAUAGAUUGCAGGUUGGUGAAGUAGUAACUACGAUACCUACUAUAGGAUUUAAUGUAGAACAAGUUACGUAUAAGAAUUUAAAAUUUCAAGUAUGGGAUCUCGGAGGACAAACUAGUAUACGGCCAUAUUGGAGGUGUUACUAUUCAAAUACAGAUGCAAUAAUAUAUGUGGUUGAUUCAGCAGAUAGAGAUAGAAUAGGCAUAUCAAAGGAUGAACUAAUAUAUAUGCUAAGGGAAGAAGAAUUACAAGGUGCCAUUUUGGUGGUACUGGCAAACAAGCAAGACAUGGCAGGGUGUUUAAGUGUUGCAGAAGUGCAUCAAGCUCUUGGAUUGGAUGCACUUAAGAAUAGAACAUUCCAAAUAUUUAAAACUUCGGCAACAAAGGGAGAAGGUCUGGACCAAGCAAUGGAUUGGCUGUCAAAUGCAUUACAGAGUAGAAAAUGAUCAAUAUUACAUCAUCAUUUUUCUUACUCAAGCCUUAUAAAGAGACUUGUCAUAUGACUGUCACUUGAAAUAUCCCAUGUAAUUGGGAAGCUCAUUUUGUUUAUUUAUUAAAAAAUUAUUAUAUUUUAAAUACCUUGCAUUUUUCACAUACAAAACCAUCACAAAACUGACCAUACUUUUUAUAACACACACAUACAGACAGACAGACACACGCGCACACACACACAAAUAUAUAUAUAUAUAUAUAUAUAUAUAUAUAUAUAUGUAUGUAUGUAUAUAUAUAUAUAAAAUAUAUGACAUAAUAGAUGUCAGAAGUUUUAUCUUUCUUACAAAUCAAGGUAAAAAAAGAAAAAUUAAUUUUUUCAACGCAUGCAAAUAUACCUUUGUAUUUCAAUUAUAUCAUAAUUAUAUAAAUAUCUCACUUCAUCAUUAUGUGAUCGUAGAGAACUGCAUACUUUUUCGAUAAUGACCUACUUCUCCCUAUUUAAUAUUAUUUGUAAAUGAAAGUUAAUAUAUUGGAACAUACUGUCACAAAUAAAGACUUAAUUUCAUAUACUAACAGAAUGAUAUGAAGUAAAAUGAUUAAUGAAGCUAAUUAAUGUUUUACAUCCACAUAUGAAUAAUCAUUAAUUAUAAAGUACCUAAUAAGUAAGUUUGCUGAAUGUAAAGUGAUGAAGUAUCUAAGUGGAAAUUUAGAAUAAAAUGAACAUGUAAAGACAUACCCGUUCAAACAAAAUUAAGCAUACUAUCUUAUAAAUUGUUUGUAAUUUAAUAUAAUUGUUGCAUAAUAAUACUGAAAUAAAAUUAAUGCUGCCGUAGUGAAAAGUA